ACAUUAAUUGAAAAAUAGGCCUAAAAAACCUAACCGGUGAAUCUGAUAAAUAGCAAUAUUCAACCUUCUCUAGCUUUACAUCUUAUCGUUAUUUCUUGUGGCAAAAUAAUGCUAAGUGACUUGUGGUUUUUGAGAUCGUGUUUCUAUUUCAACCUUAUCUAUCUUUGCACUGUUAUGGUGAUUAAUUUCUUGUGGCAAAAAUGUGAUAAGUGAGUCAAUGUUAUAGAGACACCACUUGGGAGUUCUAUAAUAACCUAACUUCAAAUAGUUUCUUCCAUAGAAGCAAACUUAUUUUGCUUUGUCGCUUUAUAAUGAUAAACCCUUUUUUGCCUAUACAUGUCGCAGAUGCUUUCAUCACUCCAAGAGAUAGGGUCGUUACCAGAGGACACAAAUAUAUACUGCGGCCGUGAAAGCACAGCAGAGAAUUUGAUAGAGAUUAUAGGAAAUGAAUAACAACACAUAAAUUUUGGGUAGUUUUCUAUUAUUGGGUUUUUGAGUACAAGAGGAUCUCCUGAAUUGAAUUUAGCCGAUGGGUAAGUUUAGUUCCUUAAUUGAGAAAGCCCAAGCGUAAAGUAUUGAGGAAAAGCCCAAGCGUACUUGUAAGUUGAAUAAUACCGUACAUGGGAUCUGUAGUUAUCGAAAGAAACCUAUCGAAUGUUGUUUGGUAAAAAUGAAAACCCUAAUUUGAAUGCCGAUAUACUUGAAGAAUUGUUCCUUAGGCUUCCCCUGAAAUCUCUGGGCAGAUUGAAAAGCGUGUCCAAAGAAUGGAAAUCGAUACUGGAAUCAAUGUGGUUCGUUGAGAAACAUCUCAGUCUUGCAAAAUCUAGCCGGAAAAUCCUCUUAGCCUACGACUGCGAAUGCGGCGUCUCUCCGAGUCUCCUCCCCGGACUGCGGGACUUCGAAUGGAGCCAAGAGUUUGUAUAUUUGCACUGCGACGCCACACGACCGUCGAUGAGUUACGAGGGUUUUGUCUGUUUCCCGGAAGCAGAGAGGGUCAACGUUUUGAAUCCCUCCACGGGUCAACUCCGGCGAUUCCAUUGCCCCUCCCUCUCGAAUCCCCGCCCAAAAUCCAGCACGUUUCGGGAAGAAUCAUGGACGACUUAUUUCCCGGGAUAUUGUGCGAUGGGAUUCGGUAGAGACAAUGUUAAGGGUAGCUAUAAAGUAGUGAGGAUCUUCUUUGAUCCUACCUAUUGCGAUAUCCUUGAUGUCAACACUGGUAAAUGGCGGAAACUUUGGAAACCACGUCGUUGCAAGGUUGAUGUCGGAAGAAAAUCGGCGCGUGUCAACGGAUCAAUCUACUGGUUACGAAUUAGGCGUGGUCAUGUCUACGCGAUAGUAGCUUUGGACCUCCACACGGAAGAGUUCCAUGAUGUCCCACGUCCACAUCUUCCCAAGGGCAUCAUGUUUGAAGCACAGAUUGUAAACAUUAGGGAUCGUCUUGCCAUAGCCAUGCCCAGAUAUAUAUGGAGUAUGGAUGGACAAAAAGAAACAUGGAGCAAGACUCACUCCAUUAGUUUAGCUUCUCUUGGUAUGGUGGAGUCUAGGUCCUUCACACCCAUGACUCUCUCUAAGCAAGGGGAUGUUCUCUUCUAUGACGAUGAAGACUUGCUGUUCAAGUAUAUUUCAGAGAAAGACAAACUCCAAAGGCUCCCUGAAGACAUUUGUGUUAUAUCUCCUUCCUUACGUUGAGAACUUGGUCCCACUUCCGGCUAUACAAGUCGAGUUAAGGACUGGAAUUACUUGCCUCCACCCGGAAACAGAAACAACGGAUGGGAUGUUCAGAGAUCUAGGAACUUGGCUAUGGAAGAAGAAAAUCCUCAUGCUUGUCUGUUUCCUGUGUGGUCUGCUGCUUCUGCACUUCUGGCUAACUCUUGAACCCAUCCAGAAGAAGGCUGUUUUUUCAGUUCCAUUCGUCAUCAUCCGGAUGUUUUUUAUCUUGUUUUUCUCAUAAAACAAAUCCUCGGCAUGAUUCUUUAUUCACUUUCGAAUCUAACUACUUUAU